AUGCCUGAAGUUAGAGUCUCCGCAGAUGCCACCACUUCACUGGGAGACAGAAAAUGCUCCGUCCACAAGAAGGUCCUGGAGUAUUACUGCUCUGAGGAUGCUGCCUGUAUCUGUGUGUACUGCUCAGUUGGAGAGCACAGGGGACACGCGAUGGAGACUCUGAAUGAGGCCUCUGAGAAGAAGAAGGAGAAACUGAGAAAUAUUCUGCAGAAACUGACCUUAAAGAGAGAGGAGGCUGAGAAAAGAGUCCAGAGCCUGCAGGAGCUCAGGAGAGAAGUGUCAGAUAAAGCAGCUGGGGUAACAGAGGAAGUAACUGCCCUGAUUAGGGGCAUCAGGGAACAGCUGGAAGCUCUAGAGCAGCGAGUCCUGAGUGAGAUCUCCAGGCAGGAAGAGCAGGUCUCACUCCGAGUCUCAGAUCUAAUCCGGCAGCUGGAAAUAAAGAAGGAGGAUCUGUCCAGGAAGAUGGGUCACAUUGAGGAGCUGUGUAACAUGACGGACCCAUUAACUGUCUUACAAGGACGGGAAUCAGACAGCGCUGACUAUUGUGAUACUGAGGAGGGAGAUAAUGAGGACAGAGAGAGAGAUGAUAACAAGGUCCGUGCUGUAGGGGAUCUGGAUGUGGGUCUGAUCUCAGUGACCUUACACUCAGGAUUAGCUGGGAUUGUAACCCAAUCAAUAAAGAGACAGAACCUGGGGGUAAACACGGCUUCAGACAUGUUACUGGAUGUAAACACGGCUGCUAAUAAUGUAACUGUAUCGGGUGAUAUGAAAACUGUAUCCAGGUCACGUAUAAAGCAGAGACGCCCAGAAACACCAGAGAGAUUUCAGUAUUCUCAGGUUUUAAGCUCCAGGAGUUUCUCCUCAGGGCGACAUUACUGGGAAGUGGAGGGCAGUGAAUCAGGGGGAUGGAGGGUAGGGAUGGCCUAUCGCAGUAUAGCCAGGAAAGGAGGUCAGUCAUGGAUUGGAUAUAAUAACAAGUCCUGGGGUUUGCGGAGGUGGAUUAAUAAUCAGUAUUAUGUGAUACAUGACAGUAAAGUAUCCAGUUACCUCCCCCCCCCCCCUUCCAGCCGGAGAUUGCGCAUAUUCCUGGACUACGAGGCCGGGCGGCUGUCCUUUUAUGAUCUGUGUGACCCCAUCAGACACUUACACACCUUCACUGCCACCUUCACUGAGCCGCUUCAUGCUGUAUUCGGGGUAUAUGGGGGCAAUACCUGGCUGAGAAUGUAUUGAAUGAUUUAUUAAUCUAAUUAAAGAGAUUUAA